AUGCGCCCGAGCUCAUCUCUUCUGGAAGUGACUCCGGAUCAUAAUCUGGCCUUUGUCGGCCCGUUCGUCGGCCUUCUCUCCAGCAAUAUCAGACUGAGAAACAUUUCGAAUAGCGGAGUUUGCUUUAAAAUAAAGUUGGCUGCAAUCUUGAAGACACAAUAUUCGGUCAGACCCGCCGUUGGUGAGUCUAUUUCGUCAUUCCAAUGGAAGUUCGGAUGAUCUUUUCUAUUUUAGGCCUACUUUCCCCCAACGAAAUCGUAAACGUGACUGUGUCCUUCCGAGCAGAUCGGGGAGUUCCGGAGAAUAGAAAAAGUCACAAACUGCUCGUGUUAUCGACCGUUUUCGAUGGACCGGUGUACGCGGAGACUAUUUGGGAUCAAGUGGAUCCGUGCGAGCACAACAUGAAGUUCAUUUUCAAUGAAAGGGAAGAGUAUCAACGUUCAAUUGCACCUGUGCCAGAGCUUUCGAUGACUAGAAAUCCAGGCGGAUCGGUUUGGGAGCCCAAUGUUCGAAGCCUCACUGAGCCGCCUAAAACCGAGAAGGACGACAAGAAAAAGCAGACGGAACUCGUGGAAAGAUUGCGAAAUGAGAAUGGUGGGACAAGCGGGAACAGCUGGAAGAAUUGCAAAAUCUGCGAGUACGAGUACACUGAAACAGGGGAAAAGACACCCAGAAUCAUAGGUGGGUGUAAUCCAACGAACAGAUUGAAAAUACGUUAUUAUAUCAUUUCAGAAUGUGGACAUACAGUAUGCGAAGGAUGUCUGGGGAGCAUCGCAAGAGGCGCCGAACUGCAGUGUCCAUUCUGUCGGCACACGAUGCGAAUGAGGAAUGGGACGAGUUCGCUUGCGAAGAACUACGCGUUGCUCGACAAUUGA